CGCUCAGUUUGUCAUUUGCACGCGCUUACGCCGGUUGGCCGCCCAACAAAAACAAGCCGUUGUAGUGGAGAAACCGCCGGAGCGCUCGCGUGUUUUUAGUUUUAGCAGCUAAUAGAAAUAAAUGCGACUAUUUACUUGGGCAAUUUGCGACUAAGAUAAGGAACACCUUCAAAGAUAAGGCCGGAGCGAAACGGGCUACAAUCAGCACUUCCACGGAACGCUUACGGCGGAGAGCAGUGCUCGGCGGAGCGGAUGGUAAACACAACUGGAAAAUGAACAAAGAGUGGGCCGGAGAAUAGAGAAGGCGAACAGUGUGAGGGCGCGCAAAAGGCAGCAGUUAAUAUGAGUGAAUAAUUGGCCACAGGCGGACCAGUCGACCAAUCAUGCGGAAUAUCAGAAAUCUCAAGGAUCCGACGACAUGGACGCGCAUCCUGCUGCCGUUCCUCGCCUGCCUACUCCUCGCUGUCCAGGCGGAUCAGGCGGACCUGGCGAAGGUCACCUGCGGGGAGUACGGCAAUACCAUCACCUGCGACUGCAACAACUCCGACCAGCCCAUGGCUUUGCCGAUUUUGCGUGGAAAUGUCUACAUGAUUGAGAUUCGCAAUUGCCGCGAUCUUCUGGUGGAGGCCAAUCGACUGGCGGACACGAUGGGUCUGCGCAAAGUGCUCUUCCGCCAGGUGGGUCAGCUGGUGCUCCGCGAGCACGCGCUCAGUGUGCCGCGAUAUGCCAGCAACAAGGCACUGAUCGUGGAGUUCGAGCAGACGGGCCUCAAGCUGAUCGAAUCGCAUGCCAUCAACGGCAACAUCGAGGAGAUCUCAUUCGUGGGCGGGCGGAUUGAGCUGAUGAAGCCAUUCGGGUUCACCACCACCAAGGAUAGUGCCAUACUGCUCAAGCUGGACGGGGUCACCAUUCAGCGCAUCGAGAGUCAAGCCUUCAAGAAAUUCGCCGUGGAGCAGAUGAGCAUCGCCAACUGCCAAUUCCUGGGCGAUCUGCCCACGCGCGCCUUCUACGAGCUGGAGGUCACCAACGAGCUGAGUCUGCGGAGUAAUCAGUUCCAGGAGGUCCACUCCCAUGCCUUCUCCUUCAAGCUUGUCUCCAAGUUAAGCCUGAGUGAUAACCAUUUCCUAUCCGUGGAUGGUGAGUGGUUGGAGGCACAAAUCCGGGAUGCGGUGACAAUACGAGGUAACGAUUUCGGGGCCACCAGUGAGAUCGCCUUCCGCAGCCUCGCCGUCCAUCGUUCGUAUCAGUUGAGCGAGCGCCUGGAGCUGCGCUUCCACAACAACAGCCUGCGCAGCUCACGACCAGGUGCCGAUCCUCGGAUAGAUGGCACCGCUGAGCAGGUGGCACCACAACCCCUCCGAUUCGACAAUAGCUUCGCGCUUAACGUACGCGAUCUGCGCUAUGAUAACGCCUGGAGCUGUGAGCAGCUGGACAGGAAUGUGGAGCCACCAUUGCCGCGAGCGGAGUUCUUUCGACUGCACAGCGAUCAGCUGAUGUUCCAUCCGCCCGAUAUGGGCGGACCAAGCCAAACCCAGCCGUAUACCCCGCUGCGAUCGCUGAUCACCGAUGAGUGCCGGGAGCGCAGCUAUAUGGCCUACAUUAUAUCGGGAAGUGUUCUUCUGGGACUGCUGCUGCUCCUCCUGAUCCUCUUGCUGUGGUGGCGAGUGGUGCAAAAGCGGCGACGUCGCAAGCUGGACGUAGUGCAGCCGGAGCCGCGCACCUACAAGGAAACCCAGAUCGUAUACCAAAUCGAGAACGCCGGCCUGCUAAAGACUGAUUUGUAGACGCCAAGGAAAGACACAUAUAGCACAGAGGCCACAGAGCAUCUACCCACAAGAGACAUAGAGCUGAAUGAAGCUAGAGGAGCGGUGGGCGGUGGAGUGGUUGGAGCACCAUUGCCACCAUUAUCACCACCGAUCAUACGGAACCACCAAUGCGUGACCUUUCGCUGUACCAAAACCAUAGCCUACAGUUAGUCGUAAUAUAUAUAUCUUAAUCUAAUUAUUCAUAACUCGCAAAGUUCGUCAGUUGUAAGUGGCCCAUGUAAAUAGUCGCAUGUAGGCUGGGAUCUUGCCCAGAAAUAUCCAGGUGGGUUAGCCAUAUCCCACCAAGUACGUAUAUGGAAUAAAUCUAUAUAAAGCUA